AAACUUUUCAAUUAAAAAAAAAAUCACUAUUUAAUAUCGAAAACAACUGUAAUUAUAUAAAUGGAAAUAUAUACCCAUUCACAUAUCGAUUUGAAGACCGGAAUGUGAUCAACCCGAAUUUUUUAAUUUUUAAUUCAGACCUUUCACCACCGGUACGAAAUUUUUUUUUUUUUUAAUUCUUCAAAGUCCAUAGUCUAAAGCUUGAAAAUUUUCCCGCCAAAAAAGGCAAAGGUGUAAUCUUACGUGACUGAAUAUUCCCCAAGGAAGUCUUUCCACCAGAUGGACUUAGUGAUGAAAACCCCCCCACCGUAAUUAUUUUGCCACUGCGAAUGCGCAUCUGUCUGCACUUCGUGUUCACUUUGAUACAACAAACACGCACCGUACAGUUUUCGCUUUUGGAAUUUCCGUACUCCGCGCCAUGACGAAGAAUUCACAGUGGAGUAGGAGUAUUCUGGCUGUGACAGGUCGAUCGUCCAACAGCGAGAUUACCUAAUAAUACACGAUCAAUAGAUAAUAUUGGAAUAAAAACAAUUAAUGUACAUUACCGUGCAAUUAACAGUCAACAGUUGUGUUUACAUCCUUUCAAUGAUCCCACGUCAACUCGUGGAAAUGCCUUUGACAGUCUGAGUGUAUCCUCGAUUUUUAUUUAUUUCUGUAACAAAGUGUCGGAGAUUUAUCGCUGCACGAGAAGAGGCUCUGGAUAUCGACGGGAUAAUUAUUUGAUUGAACAAUCACGAGACAAUAAACUAGAAAUGAUGGAGAUUGACGAGUGUUCUGCUGGAGGGGAGUCUGGAGCCGAGGAAGAGGAGGAUGAUGAGUCCAUGCAUGGAUCGAGAACUGAGAGCAGCACCAGUAGCUCCAGUGGUGGUAGUUCUAGCUCAGACAGUGCUGAUGACAGUGGAGAUGAGGACAGUGGCUCUGAGACACAUUCCUCCGACGAUGAUGGUGAUAAUGAUAAUUCUCAACUGCCUGAUCAACGUGAAUCCGUCGAUGAAGUCAGAUGGGAAACAUGUGUUGCUGCUGGUGUCAAAGUGAAACUACCUCAGGAUUUGUGCGAGCAUCCCUCGAUUCUCCAGGAGAUGCUCAAUCCCAGCUUGUGGCAGGAUUGUUUGACAGAUGAUCAGAGGCUAUCGCUGUCACAAUUAUUGCCAUUAUUUCCCAAAGACUGUGAUGCUGCUGGCGAACAGGAAAAAUCAUUACAAUUGCUUUUCCAAAGAGAGAACCAAAGGUUUGGAGUUUCUCCACUCGACACAUUCACAACGCAUCUGUCUUCUGGCCACUAUCGCCCGGAUAUUCGUAGGAUGCGUCGAUUGGUGCGUAAGGCGCAACAAAGAAGGCUCCUCUUUGACGAGAGAAAGCGAACGUACGAGCUGGCCGAGCAGCUCUUGAAGUCCAGACAGAGUCUCCUAUUAACGGCGUAUAAACAGGGCUUCAGUCAAUCGACACAAACGACCUCAAAACUUCACUGGCGCAAGCCAAAGCCCUCGAUAAUCGAGGAGAGGACACAGUCGCGUUAUCUAGAGGAGCUGAAUUCUUUGAGAAAUGAUCUGGGUACGGUGAGGCUUGCAGACACAACUUCAGAGAACGAAGAGAAUUAUCCGCAGUACCAGCCCCCCUCCAAGACUAAAAGAAAGAGAAAAGUACAAAUGGGCCCUCAGUCCUCGCAAUUGCGAACGAGUCAACUAUUCGAGGACGAGGACAUAAGACCAGUCUUCUCGACCCUCCAGAGGACCGAGUGUCUGGCAAAUCCCUCGUUUAUCCCCCGUGAAAUCACUGAGGAUAGUUACAAAGCAAUGCUCAUCACUCACAAGAAACGAAGAUCUCGAGGAGAUAUUCAUCCAGAAUUAAAUACCCAAGGAAUAGCUCUGGCUGACUUGACCCAACGAGCCCAAAUCGGCCAGAAACAUAAACUGAGUGGUAACACCGUCAAAACCACCUCGAAGAAGAGAAUAAAACUCGAACCCCCUCCUCCCAUACCUCCCCUCCCCCCUGUUCCCUCUCUCCAAUCAAUGCCCAUGAAACUCCCACCAAUCAAGACAGAAUUCGACGGUGAACACCUAGACGAUAACUUCCGAAAUCCCCUCAGACAAGACCUAGAUCUCCAGAAUUUCAUAUCAGUAAAACCCGAGCCCACAGAUACCUACGAAAUUCCCCUCGUCACGAAAAAGAAGUCCAAUCCCCCAAUACCAAAGCCCUCAAAGCCCCUUCCCGUUAUUCUUCCCCUCGAGGUAAAGAAAGAAAUCGAGGAGUUUAUCGAGCCCGAGGAGAAGCCAGACUUCAUCCUCCCCGAGGAGCACCGAGUGGAGAGUGAAAUGAGCGAGGAUUUAUCCGAGAAGAAGGAGCUGGACCUCGAGAAUAUCGAUAUGCUGCAGAUUCCCAUUCAAUUGGACGAUGGCAUGGGAAUCCUGGAGGAUGUAAAAUGCGACAACGAUCACUCAAUAUCGAUAACCGAGAGAGAAGUCUCCCUGGAGCCUGAGGAUAUCACGAUGAAUGGAAGUGGUGACCUGAUGCAGGAGACCCACACAUGUUUCUUCUCUCUCCUGCGUGAUGCUUUCAUGUCGAAGGGAGAGUACAGGAUGAGUAUUCCAGAGAUGAAGGAGGCUGUCGCACUCUGGCAGAGCAAUCCAAUAUCCCCAUUGAACGACUGGUACUCAUUGGCGUCGUCCUGGGGUAAUCUGGUGCCCUCAGCCCUCGGUUUCCUCGCUGGAGAGCUAACUUACUCCCAAGAACUCGAUCAGGAACGUGACCACGAGUUUGUACCCUAUCUUGAGAAUAAGGGAAGAGGUGUAUACGCGUGGAUUGGAGCUGGCAGGGACUCGGACUCCAGGUUAAGCACAAUCUGCACAAAAUUCCUCCUGUACAAAGAGUCAUUGGGCCCUCAUGUGGUGCCCUGUCCUCCUCCUCCAGCAGUUGUCCCGGUGAAAUCUACCUCGGUUCAAUCAGUCUCGAGUGCUAAUGGAAUUCCAGUUCAAACAUCGAGUCCGGUCGUUGAAUCGAUAUCAGCCGAUGGGGCUGCACUCACUGCGAUGAUGGAGAGCGAGCCCCCGAAGGCGCUUUGCCCCACUGACUGGAAGGUCAGACUGUCGAGCCCUGAGGAGAGGGAGGAAUUCAGGAGGCAGGAGAGAUUGCGUUAUGCAGCUCCUCACAAGGCCUUUACGUACAGAAUGCAUGGUUAUGCCUCUGUGGUGGGGCCUGUCAAAGGGAUUUAUCAGCACAAUCCUGGGGCUGGUCUCACUAAGGCCAGGGGGCACUCUCUUCUCGUUCCUGAUCGUCCUAAUUUCGUCACUAUUCUGGCACUCGUGCGAGAUGCCACUGCCAGGCUGCCCAAUGGAGAGGGAACCAGAGCAGAUAUCUGUAUGUUGUUAAAGGAUUCCCAGUACAUCAAGGAUCAGAGCGAUCAAGUGGGUAAUGACAAGGACAAUUACCUGAAUUCCGUCGUCUCUGGGGCUCUCGAUCGUUUGCAUUACGAGACUGAUCCAUGUGUGAGGUAUUAUCCAAAGAGAAAAGAGUGGCUGUACCUCCAUCGGGCAAGAUCAGAAUCAGAAUUCGAGAUGUUCCACCAGCAGCUCCAGGGGGUUGUUAAAACAAAGAAAAAUUCUGGUGGAUCGUCGAGGAAUAAGUCGACGCAGUCGAGUCCAAAAUUGGUUAAUGGAAAGGAGCAGUCGCCGUCGUGUGUUAGAGAGACGACUCCCAAGAAGGAGAGAAAAUCGACAGUGCAGACCCAGGCGAUCAUCAGAAAGGAGCAGAGGGUCGAGGAGAAGACUGUUGUGGAUCAGUCUGUAUCGACUGAGACCAUCCCAGUGUCCACGGUUAUUCCAGUGCCCCCUCCAGUCAUCACAACAGCUCCCAGUGUUCCUGUGGUGACACCCAGUCUACCCUCGCCGAUAUUGUCAACUCCAUUGCCUCCGGUUGAACGGGAGAGUGUUAUUCCUGUUGAGAUGAAGCCUGUGACUGCUGUGGGGCCUUCACUGGGACCUCUGAAAAAAGUGGGAACGAACAUUGGAGGAAAGCCAGUGACUGUUGUCAAAACGAAUCCAGCCCAGAGUUUAUUGCAGUCGAAUCAGCAUUUUCCUCAUCAUCAGAUACAGGUAUCGACGUCAGCUGGAUUACAGACAAUCAGACUGUCUGGGCACUCUGUGCUCCACUCAGCACAGCCUGUGGCGACAUCGGGUAGUACCCUGACACCAACGAGUGUAGCCACGAUAUUCCCCACAGCUAAAAUUCAAGGCCAAACUCAACAAGCAGUGAUUAGUAAUCAGGGAAAGAGUAUUCUGCAGGCCUCGAGUGUUAAACAAUCACCUGGGCAGGUUAAUCAGCCACAGGCUCAACAUGUUUUACCUGGGAAGACCCUAUUAGCCUCUCAGAUCAAAUUGGUGAGCUCUGGGCAGAUCAAGUCACUGCUGACUGGUCAUGGGCUUCAAGGUCAGACAAUAUUUAUUAAACAGUCAGCAGCUGGAACCAGUCACACUCCGCAUAUUCAACACGUCCAGCAGAUCAAACAACCAACUGCCAGUCAGCAUCAUCAGCCACAGCCCCAGACCAUUUCAACUCCUGGGAUGCAGAGAAUUAUUGCUCAGAUUGGGGGAAAACCUAUUGCUGUACAGAUUCAACAGUCUCCUCAUCAGCAGCAGAACCAGCAGCAGAAAAUUCUUGCCAAAGUUCUGACUGGCACUGGUGGGGGACAACUUAUAUCUGUCGAGAGUCUUCUCGCCCAGAAGGGGUUGAAACUCGCUGCCACCACCACUGCCACGGGACAAGUCAAUCGACAGGGUAAACAAGUGAUCCAGACGCAGUAUCAGGUGGUUUCCCAGGCGCAGGCGUCUCCAGGUCAAUCAAAGAUAAUCGCGAGUACACAGCAGGCUGGAACAGCUGGAGGUCAGACUGUGCGAAUGGUGACAGCCCAGUUGGCUGGAAAGCCGAUAGUUCUAGCCAGUGGGAACAAGAGUGUUGGUGUGGGUAUCAGCAGUACUGGGGGAAUGGUCCUGGGUAAACAGGGAGCUGGCCAACAGCAGGGACAACAGCCGAUUAUUUUACCAAGUCAAUUGCUCAACAUCAAGACACUCCACGGUCUCAAGGUGAUUCCAACACCUGCAGGACUUAAAACAGGGGCUGCUGUCUACGCCAGGGUGAUAGCACCUACGACAAUCGCAGCGACACAAGCAACGAAUACCCAACAACAGAAUCUCCAGGGGCAAUCACCGAGAAAUACCUUCAAUACCCCCUGAAUCCAUUAAUUCUAUUCUUGGGGCUUUUAUUAAUCGAUGAAAGGGGGAG